AUGCUAAAUGACAUAGCAUUGAUGAAAUUAGAUUCACCUAUGAAAGUCAGCGAAAAAAACAAUUUUGUAAAACUUCCUGCCAGAUCACAUUAUUAUGGUCUUAAAAAUGAAGGUUUGAGUCUCGAAAAAGAUGAUAUAUCCCAGUUUUGUCCUGAAGCUACUAUAGUUGGUUGGGGUACUACUAGCAAAAACAACUACUAUAUUGUUCCAACAAAAUUAAUGUGUGUUGAAUUACCGAUAAUACCUAUACCUGUAUGUCGAUUCAUUCUUAGAAUGGCCCCAGCCAAAGUCACACUUGAAAAUGUUUGUGCAGGAGGAUACAAAAAUAAAGAUUCUUGUGUUGGAGAUUCUGGUGGUCCUUUAUUAUGCGAUAAUUAUCAGCUUGGAAUUACAUCUUGGGGUCCAGAUUGUGCUGUAGGAUUACCUUCAGUUUACACAAGGUUUCGUAGUUUACGGCGAGUUAACAACAUGCAGUGUAAGAAGUGUAAUAAAUUAUUUUCCAACGCAUAUACUUUGAAGCGACAUCAGCUCAAAAAUUGUGUGGAUCGUAAACCGGCUUGUCCGAUUCCGAAAAAGAGACUAAGACCAAUAGGCAUUGAAGUACUGGAAGGUGGUGUUACUAAACUAACUCAUGCUUUCAAGAAUAGGAUUGCUUCAUACAGAUUUUCCAGCAGUGAUGAAAAUAAAAUCAGUUACAAUGACUUUUUUAAUGGAGUCAAACCAAAAGUUAUAAAUAAAAUCAGUGAAUAUUUGCAACAACAUAUAAGUUUAAAAAUAAAUAUGGAAAUAUUUGGGAUAUAUGUUAAACCUGAUAAGGAAAUGAGUGAUAUCAAAUCCAUGAAUUCUCCAAACAAAAUUGUUACCACAGCGUCUAAUCUAGAAGAACUAUAUGGUGAAUUUAAAUCCGAACUUAUGAUGCAAGCUUCCGAAUUCCAAGAAAAAGAUUCUAAUUGGAGUUUACAGGAGAUAAUGUUUUUAGAUGUGAACAUAAACCGUUUCAAUAGUAUUGCAGCUUCUUCAUAUAUCAAGCUACCUGUGACAAUAAUGAAAAGAAAUGCUGUCUUGAAUAUUGAAAACAAAGAUAGCGCUUGUUUCGCUUGGUCCAUUAAUGCAGCAAUUUUUCCUGCCGAGGGGAAUCCCAAGUAUCCAUCAUCAUACCCACAUUAUGAUAAAAUGUUAGACUUUAGAGGUAUCGACUUCCCCGUAAAAUUAAAAGACAUUAAAAAAUUCGAGUUUAUGAAUAAUAUAUCAGUGAAUGUGUUUGGACUUGAAUCAUUUUUCCGAGACGGUAAAAACAAUUAUGAAGUUGUUGGUCCAUUACAUUUCACUUCCAACCGACAACCUACACACGUGAAUCUAUUGCUAGUAUCAGAUAGUGAUGGAAACAAUCAUUACAACCUUAUUACAGACUUGCCACGACUUGUUAGAAGUCAGAAAACAAAAUAUAAGGGAAAAAUUUAUAUUUGUGAUGGCUGCUUACAAUCUUAUGUAAAUAUGGAGAAGUUAAAAGCACAUGAAGAACACGAUUGUACACAUAUAUACACACAACUACCAACAAAUGAAAUGAAAAAAAAUAAGUGCGGACAAAUCACCCCGGAAAAUAUUUUAAAAUUUAUUAACUUUGAAAAACAAUUACAAGUGCCGUUUGUUAUUUAUGCAGACUUUGAAUCGUUGUUAAAACCAAUAGACAAUUGUGAACCUAUUAAUGGCAAAUCAUUCAGUGUCAAAGUUUGUGAGCACGAGCCAUAUUCUUUUGCAUUUUACCUGAAAUGUAGUUACGAUGACAGUUUAUCUAAGCUUGAGAUAUAUAAAGGACCAAAUGCGGGCAAAGUGUUUAUGCAAAAACUAGAUGAGACUGUACAUAACCUAUAUAACAACCAUUUAAAGCAUGUAAAAGUCAUGCAAAAACUUACCCCCAAAGAACAGGAAGCAUAUGAUAACGCGACCAACUGUUACAUAUGUGAAAAACCUUUUGAUGUAUUCAACAAAAAAGUUCGGGACCAUUGCCAUCUACUGGGAAAAUAUAGGAAUGCCGCCCAUAACUCCUGCAAUUUGAAUUAUAAGGUGCCAAAUUGUAUACCAGUGUUCUUCCAUAAUUUAAGCAACUACGACUGCCACUUGUUUAUUAAAGAACUAUCAACAAAAGGUGAAUCUGUCUCCGCAAUAGCUCAAACAAAGGAGAAAUAUAUUUCUUUUUCCAAAUCUAUUUUGGUUGAAAAAUCUGAUGAUCCCAAAGUUCGUGAUUCAUUUAUAAAACUGAGAUUUGUAGACUCUUUUAGAUUUUUGGCAAGAUCUCUUGAUAAACUCAGUGAAACUUUGGAUUCUUUAGAUGAAGUUAGAAAAUAUUUCCCCAACGAAACACAAUUCAAUUUAAUGAGACGGAUCAGAGGAGGAGUAGCACAGUGCAGUAAGAGGCAAGCGAUGGCUAAUAAUAAAUUUCUACCAAAUUAUAAUCCCUCAAAACCAGAAAGUUAUAUCAUGUAUCUCGAUGCUACCAAUUUAUACGGCGCAGCAAUGAGCGAGUCCCUUCCAUUUGGCGGAUUUAAAUGGAUACCAGUGGAAAAUUUCGAUUGUAAUUCGGUUAAAGACGAUGCCUCCAAAGGAUAUGUUUUAGAAGUGGAUUUAGAAUAUCCAACUAAUUUGCACGAUGCCCACAACGACCUACCUUUCUGCCCUGAAAGUAUAAUACCACUAAAUGGUAAACACCCAAAGUUGAUUCCAAACUUACGCCAUAAAGAAAAAUAUAUUAUUCACUACCGGAACUUGAAACAAUGUCUCAAAUAUGGAUUAAAAUUAACCAAAAUUCAUAGAAUUUUAGAAUAUUCCCAGUCGCCGUGGCUGAAAAAAUAUAUCGAAUCGAAUACCACCCUCCGAAACCAAGCAAAGAAUGACUUCGAAAAAGAUCUUUUUAAGCUGCUGGUCAAUGCAAUCUUCGGAAAGACCAUGGAAAAUGUUGAGAAGAGAAAAUCUAUUCAUCUUUCUACCCAUUGGAAAAUACAAAGGGUACAUUUGGGUAAUGUAAAAGUAUAUUAUGACAAACCUAUGUAUAUAGGAUUUUCUGUAUUGGAUAUUUCAAAAACCAUUAUAUACGAAUUUUUAUAUGGCUACAUUAAACCUAAAUAUGGCAAUGCUGCAAAAUUGUGUUAUACGGACACCGAUUCCCUAAUUUUAGAAGUAUUUACUAGUAACUUUUAUGAUGAUAUGAAACAAAACAUCACCCAUUUUGAUACUUCCAAUUUUUCCAAAAAUAAUGAAUAUGGGAUGCCUAUAACAAAUUCUAUCGUUGGAAAAAUGAAAGACGAGUUUGCUGGUACUAUAGUUGAUGCAUUUUAUGGUACAGGAGCUAAGGCAUAUUGUGUAAAACUAGGCAAACCCUUUAAGAAGGAAACAGAAAUAAAGAAAGCUAAAGGUGUCUCGAAAAAUAUAAUCAAAAAUCAACUUCACGUAAACGACUACAUCCGGAUUAUACAAAAUGGUAAUACAAUCUUUAGAAAAAUGUAUAUUUUUGUAUCAUCACUACAUACAAUCUACACAGAACUAAGAAACAAGGUAGCCCUCUCAGCUAAAGAUGAUAAGAGAUAUGUCAUACCACAUGAUGUAAACACUCUGGCAUGGGGGCAUCUACUUACCAACCCAAAAGCAAUGACUGGAACCCUGGAUGAUUUAAUACAGGCGAUGGAAGAAGUGAGCGAUUUAGAUAAUUAUGUAAAUGAUUUUGAUUUGGAAUUAUUUUCCCAAUAA